UCCCUUCAAAAAUAUGAGCUUUUUGAGUUCAAACUUUUUGCUGGGCUUUAUAUUCUUCCCUCUACCAAAUUUCCUGAGAGCUGGAAAUGGAAGACAAUGACCCAUGGCUAGCCCGAGACAAGCUCUAUCAUCUCCUCUUCUGCUUCUCUCUCACCCUCCUCUUCUCCACAUUAGCCGCCCGAACCCCCUACCCGUUUCUACGCCGCCACUCUAUUCGGGUCGGAUCACUCCUAUCUCUCUCAGCCGGCGCCGCCAAGGAGUUCGCCGACGAGCUCGGCUUCUUCCACUCCGCCGGAGCCUCCGCUAAAGACGCCGUCGCCAAUUUCCUCGGCGUCGUCAUCGCUUCCCUCCUGCUUUAUCUGCUUAACCACUUGGCCCGAUCCGAUAAUGAUGCGGGUCGGAUCAAAGAGGUCUCCAUCGUCUGAACAGAAAAGGUGGGCUCUUGGCUCGUAGGGUUUGAUGGGUCAUUGUGGGAAUUUGGGAUUUGGAGAAAUAAGAAUCGGGCAUUUUGGUUUUCGAUGAACACCUGAAGUAGUGGUAACUUUUGCCUCAUGUGAGAUGUGACUCUGGACAGGAUGUAUCUAAAUGCAAGUGGCAAAGCUGGAAAAGAACAAAGUUAAUUCCUCAUAUGCCUGAUAACAACAUAUGAUAUCCUUUUUCUCUUCAAAGACAAAGAAAUAAUUGGAAAUAUCGUUUCCAAGUCUAGAAUUUUCUUUAGUUAAUUAUUGUAGAUUAAUAAUAGACUGAGAGUCCUCUGGGUGUUGCAUGUAUUUUCUUCUUCAGUAGGUUAAUUGAUGAUUCAUCUUUCCUUAAGUACGAUACGUAUAUCAUAAUUUGGAAAGCAAAGGUAUCAUCAGAUUUAAGCUUAUUUGGAGACAGGUUUGUAAAAUUAUGGCUGAUGGUAGAGGCAGCAAUUGUGUAUUACAAUAUAUGUUUAUAGGUACCCUGUAUGGCUGAUGCUAGAGUCAAUACUUCUGGCAUUAUUCAAAAUAGGGCACCUAAUGUGCUUUGUAUGGAGAUAAGCUUAUAGUUUGUUUGUCGUAAAAAUAAUCUUGGCAUAGACCAUUUGUUUCUUCACUUCCCUUUCAUCCUAAGCUUUUUAACACUUCCGCCCAAUUUGUUCUGCGUGAUUUCCAUUAUGUGAGUAAUAUUGACAGAGAUAUAAAGUUUCGUUGAGGGCUAUGAGGAAGAAAAUGAACAGUUGAUGGUAUAAAAUUUGUUUUUGGGCAUCUUUGUGGGCCACAGUUUCCCUGCCUUUAAAGAAAGAAAAUAAAAUUUUGGGAUGUACCCUUCUCAUGUGGAUCAGAGGGAGGCAGUUAAGAUCAUUUUGUGCAUAAUUGAUCUGAUGUAUACUGAGAUCAUUCUGUAUCUGGUUUUUUGAAAUAUUCAGAGGUUGUGGGUAUGAUGCUGUUUGCAUUGGUGGACUGCUUGUGCACUUUCGUUGUAUUGCUGUACUUCUGUUAAUCGAUUGUGGAAAUAUAUGUGUGUGUGUGUCAACACUUUUCAUCAGGACAAUCAAGUGUAUAAGCUAGUUUGAGUUUGGAAAAUACAGUGAUCAAUGUAAACAAUGGUCCAAGGUGUGUUAUUCAAAUGUUGGUGUUCGCCAUGGACAUGAAUCACAUGAUCACCUUCUAUAUUUUUGUAAAAAUAGGAAAAGCUAGCAUAUGUUAUACACCUUCCAAUCAUUUGCAAGAUUCAACCUAAUUGAGUUGCAAUGCUGUUUCUGCAUUUGCUUGAUGAAGGUGUUGAGAAGUCAUCUUCUGAAGCUUCUUGUCAAAGGCUUUUCAUGAUUUUCACCUUCUUCCUCGGGCAGCUUGACUGCUGUGUAGGUUCCCGCCCCGCAGAGUGCCCCAAGAAUUGGUGCAGUGAAG